GGCGGGGCGGGGCCUCGGAGAGGAGGAGGAAGAUGGCGGGAGGGCGGCUCUGAGGGGACCUCGGCGGCGGCGGAGGAGGAGAGACGCGCCGCGCCGCGCCGGGGCCCAUGUGGGGAGGAGCCGCCGCCGCCGCCGCCGCCGCCGCCGCCGCCUGCGAGAGCCCGAGCGGAGCGCGAGCGGGAGCGAGGCGCCCGCGGCAGCAUGAAGUUCGCCGAGCACCUCUCGGCGCACAUCACGCCCGAGUGGAGGAAGCAGUACAUCCAGUAUGAGGCCUUCAAGGAUAUGCUGUACUCAGCGCAGGACCAGGCGCCCUCUGUGGAAGUUACAGACGAGGACACAGUCAAGAGGUAUUUUGCCAAGUUUGAGGAGAAAUUUUUCCAAACCUGUGAAAAGGAACUUGCCAAAAUCAACACUUUUUAUUCAGAGAAGCUCGCCGAGGCCCAGCGCAGGUUCGCGACGCUCCAGAAUGAGCUGCAGUCGUCCCUGGACGCGCAGAAGGAGAGCCUGGGCGUCACCACGCUGCGGCAGCGCCGAAAGCCGGUCUUCCACCUGUCGCACGAGGAGCGCGUCCAGCACCGGAACAUCAAGGACCUCAAGCUGGCCUUCAGCGAGUUCUACCUCAGUCUCAUCCUGCUGCAGAACUAUCAGAACCUGAAUUUUACCGGGUUUCGGAAGAUCCUUAAGAAGCAUGACAAGAUCCUGGAGACAGCGCGCGGGGCCGACUGGCGUGUGGCCCACGUGGAGCUCGCCCCCUUUUACACAUGCAAGAAGAUCAACCAGCUCAUCUCCGAAACCGAGGCCGUCGUGACCAAUGAACUUGAAGAUGGGGACAGACAAAAGGCUAUGAAGCGCUUGCGUGUCCCGCCUCUGGGCGCCGCUCAGCCUGCACCAGCAUGGACUACUUUUCGAGUUGGCCUGUUCUGUGGAAUAUUCCUUGUACUGAACAUUACCCUCGUGCUUGCCGCCGUAUUUAAACUUGAAACCAGCCGAAGCAUAUGGCCCUUGAUACGAAUCUACCGGGGUGGCUUUCUCCUGAUCGAGUUCCUCUUCCUGCUGGGCAUCAACACGUAUGGCUGGCGGCAGGCCGGCGUCAACCACGUGCUCAUCUUCGAACUGAACCCGAGGAGCAACCUGUCUCACCAGCAUCUCUUUGAGAUCGCCGGAUUCCUGGGCAUCCUGUGGUGCCUGAGCCUGCUGGCCUGCUUCUUCGCCCCCAUCGGUGCCAUCCCCACCUACGCGUACCCGCUGCUGCUCUAUGGGUUCAUGGCUCUGUUCCUCAUCAACCCCACCAAGACCUUCUACUACAAGUCCCGCUUCUGGCUGCUCAAGCUGCUGUUUCGGGUAUUCACGGCCCCUUUCCACAAGGUGGGCUUCGCCGACUUCUGGCUGGCCGACCAACUCAACAGCCUCUCCGUCAUCCUCAUGGACCUGGAAUACAUGACCUGUUUCUACAGCUUCGAGCUCAAGUGGAACGAGAGCACCGGCCUCUUGCCAAAGGAGUCAGAAGACCUGGAAAUCUGCCACAAGUAUUCGUACGGCGUGCGCGCCAUCGUGCAGUGCAUCCCGGCAUGGCUGCGCUUCAUCCAGUGCCUGCGCCGGUACCGGGACACCCGGAGGGCCUUUCCCCACUUGGUCAACGCCGGCAAGUACUCCACGACCUUCUUCACGGUGACCUUCGCAGCCCUGUACAGCACCCACAAAGAGCAAGACCACGCAGACACCACCGUGUUCUUCUACCUGUGGAUUGUCUUCUGCAUCAUCAGCUCCUGCUACACCCUCAUCUGGGACCUGAAGAUGGACUGGGGCCUCUUUGACAAGAACGCCGGAGAAAAUACCUUUCUCCGGGAGGAGAUUGUGUACCCCCAAAAAGCCUACUACUACUGUGCCAUCCUGGAGGACGUGAUCCUGCGCUUCGCCUGGACCAUCCAGAUCUCGGUCACCUCCACGACCACGACUGUGCUGCCUCACUCCGGAGACAUCGUCGCCACCGUCUUCGCACCCCUGGAGGUUUUCCGGCGCUUCGUGUGGAACUUCUUCCGGCUGGAGAAUGAGCACCUGAAUAACUGCGGCGAGUUCCGUGCCGUGCGCGACAUCUCUGUGGCCCCGCUCAACGCGGACGACCAGACGCUGCUCGAGCAGAUGAUGGACCAGGAGGACGGCGUCCGGAACCGCCAGAAGAACCGGGCCUGGAAGUACAACCAGAGCAUCUCCCUGCGGCGCCCGCGCCUGGCUUCCCUGUCCAAGGCUCGCGACACGAAGGUCCUGAUCGAAGACACAGACGACGAGGCCAACACUUGAGAGCCCGAGACCCCCGCCACAGCCCGCCGGCCCCCGCCCGACGACCCUCCCUCGACCAGCGCGACCUCCGGCACCUUCCACCGCGCCCGGGACCCCUCUGGUCGGACCCGGGGGCCCCCCGGGCGUCUCCGCUUCCCUUCUGGUGGAAACUUUUUCCUUUUCUAUUUUUUAAAGCAAAACCCCUCCCUCCUGUCGGCCCACCCGGGGACGUUUUUCAGGGUCAGAACCGAGUCUCUGUGGCAUCGUUCCCACACGAGGACACACAGGCUCACGCCCUGCCCGCUGGGCUGGCUGCCACCCGGCCCGGUUUUGACUGGUUGAAACCGGACAUUGAUGGUUUUCUUUGGGUUUUUUUUUGUUUGUUUUUUUGUUUUGGUUUUUUUUUUUUUUUUUGUCUGUUUGUUUCUGGUCGGUUACAGUGGAGAAUUGUUUUGAGUUUUUUUUUUUCUUUCCUUCAUACCCAACGCAAAAAAAAAAAAAAGAAAAAAAAAAGCACUGGUCAUACUUGCAGGGAAAGCGCAUCUUAGAGCAACACCUCCAUUCAGGAAGCUACUUUUUAAUUUGAUGGAACUUUUUCUUAUUGGGGCGGGGAGGCUGGGGGGCCCGGGGGCGGGGCUCAGGGGGGUGGCGGGAGGGGGGCAUUGAAAUGUGGUGUAUUUGUUACAUAGAGUUUUCCUCAUUAUUUAUGGAAGUUAAGCGUCAGAGGAGCACCGAGGAAGAGGACAGGCAAGCAGGCCAGCACGGGGGUCCUGAGGGCCAGUCCCCUCCACGCUGCGCCUCCCCCGGCCCCCCCCCCUCCCCGAGAUGCCUUUUGUACCAGGCCCACGUUUCUCCUCCUCCUUUUUAAUUUUAAGCAAAACUUGCAUUACCGACGUUCUCAGCUGCUCCCGCGUGGAAGGUCUCGGCACGUCUCAGAAGGUCUCGGACCCUGCACACGCUCGGUCGGCCGACGGUUCAAGAGGGCCCGUGGGCCCGGGGCUGGACUGCCCCCUAAAGACGGGCCUCGGCCAGCUCCCGAGAAGGAACUGCACGCCCAAGCGGAGACGGCCCACCACCAGAUGGGUGUUUCGGUUCCUUUGGCCAGAAUUCGCUCCAGGACAGUCUUUCUGGGGAAACGGGCGUUGGGAGCCCACGCACGUCACUCGGAUAACGCAGCCCUUGUCCGGCCCUGCCCUCAGCACCCGCUCUGAGGACAGGGGCGUUUCCCAGGCGUCUCAGAGCACCCACCCUGUCGGUGCAGGGGGCCCCAUCCGCCUCCUCCCGGGCCUCGUCCCUCUCCUGUGUUGCCUCAUCCAAAUAAACCCGCAAACCCGAAGGGGGUCUCCUCUC